GGGUCGGCGGUGAAGAAUGUAGACCCGGCCGCUCCCCAUGGUAAAACAAAAUAAUCCGGCGAUGUUGGGUGUCCAACCCGGGGCGUUGCCAGCCCCGCCGCCGGGCGCAGCCUCCCGCCCCGCUUCCCUACGCUGCUCUCUUCUUCCCGCCCCUGCCUGGCUCGGCUGAGCUCCCGCGGCGACGUACGAGCCGCCCGGAGAAAAGAGCGGAAGGAUAUUGUUGGGAGACGGCUGCGCCUGAGGAGAGAGUGUGACAGAGGAAGUAGUUCCGGCCCCGAUUGGGCCUUGUUUCCCAAAAAUAGCGCCCAGCGGGUAUCCGUGCGCCGGUGUCAGUGUCUCCUGAGGAGCCUCUGCGGGGAGGAGGCAGGAGCGGCGGCGGCGGCGGGGAGCGAGGGGACGCGGGCGGGUGCUAAUAAGAAGAAAUAGGAACCUUUUCUCAAGCUGAAGACAAAGUAAAAGAAAACUAUAUCAUGUGUUAGAAUACUGAAGAGUGAUAUUUCUUGGAUUAGUGUAUUUCUGGAUUGCAAAACAAAAGAAAGAAGAGGCUGAAAAUGGGGAGAAAGAAAAUACAGAUUACAAGAAUAAUGGAUGAACGGAACAGACAGGUCACCUUUACAAAGAGGAAGUUUGGAUUAAUGAAGAAGGCAUAUGAGUUGAGUGUACUCUGUGACUGUGAAAUAGCACUCAUCAUUUUUAACAGCUCUAACAAACUUUUUCAGUAUGCCAGCACUGAUAUGGACAAAGUUCUACUUAAAUACACAGAAUACAACGAGCCCCAUGAAAGCAGAACCAACUCAGAUAUCGUUGAGACCUUAAGAAAGAAAGGCCUUAAUGGUUGUGAGAGCCCUGAUGCUGACGAUUACUUUGAGCACAGUCCACUAUCGGAGGACAGAUUCAGCAAACUAAAUGAAGAUAGUGAUUUUAUUUUCAAGCGAGGCCCUGCUCUGAACAAGAAGGAACACAGAGGGUGCGACAGCCCGGACCCUGACACUUCAUAUGUGCUCACGCCACAUACAGAAGAAAAAUAUAAAAAAAUUAAUGAAGAGUUUGAUAAUAUGAUGCGGAAUCAUAAAAUCGCAGUGAGUACUAAACCUGGCUUGCCUGCUCAGAACUUCUCGAUGUCGGUUACAGUUCCGGUGUCCAAUCCCAACACUCUAACCUACAGUAACCCAGGGAGUUCCCUCGUAUCCCCAUCACUGGCAGCCAGUUCAUCAUUAACGGACACGACCAUGCUCUCCCCACCUCAGACCACCCUGCAUCGGAACGUAUCACCUGGGGCCCCUCAGAGACCACCAAGUACUGGCAAUGCAGGUGGAAUGCUGGGGACAACUGACCUCACAGUGCCAAAUGGAGCUGGUACCAGUCCAGUUGGAAAUGGGUUUGUGAAUUCUCGAGCUUCACCAAGUCUGCUCGGAACUACUGGUGGUGGGAAUGGUUUAGGCAAAGUCAUGCCUACAAAGUCUCCACCUCCACCUGGAGGAGGUAGUCUUGGAAUGAACAAUCGCAAACCUGACCUCCGUGUUGUCAUCCCACCCUCCAGCAAGGGUAUGAUGCCACCAUUGUCGGAGGAGGAUGAAUUGGAGUUGAAUACCCAAAGGAUAAGUAGUUCUCAGUCUACACAGCCUCUUGCUACCCCUGUGGUGUCUGUGACAACUCCAAGCUUGCCUCCGCAGGGACUGGUGUAUUCGGCCAUGCCUACUGCCUACAACACUGAUUACUCCUUGACUAGUGCAGACCUGUCUGCCUUGCAGGGAUUUAACUCCCCCGGCAUGCUGUCCUUGGGGCAGGUAUCCGCCUGGCAACAGCACCAUCUCGGCCCAGCAGCCCUCAGCUCUCUCGUUACUGGCAGCCAGCUAUCUCAGGGUUCAAAUUUAUCCAUUAAUACCAACCAAAACAUCAACAUAAAAUCUGAACCAAUUUCACCUCCCCGGGACCGUGUAACUCCCUCUGGGUUCCCGCAGCAGCAGCCACAGCCGCAGCCACAGCCACCGCAGCAGCAGCAGCAGCAGCAGCAGCAGCAGUCGCGGCAGGAGAUGGGUCGCUCUCCUGUUGACAGCCUCAGCAGCUCCAGCAGCUCCUAUGAUGGCAGCGACCGGGAAGACCCGCGGAGCGAUUUCCAUUCACCUGUCGUGCUGGGAAGGCCGCCGAAUGCAGAAGAUAGAGAGAGUCCGUCGGUAAAACGAAUGAGGAUGGACACGUGGGUGACAUAAACUCGCAGUGUUGCCUCUCCAGUUUUGUGUUCUCAAAAUGAACUGUCCUGACAUAUCUAAAUUUAUAAAUAAGGACAUAAGUAUAUUUAUAUGUAUAUACAUACGUGCAUAUAUAUAUCUUCACAUGCAUAUAUAUGUGCUAGUGUGUGUAGCAUACACAAAAUCAUCAGGCACUUAUGACAAACUUCUUGUAUAGCUGCAGAUGUCCCAUGGUAAAACGUAACAGAACAAUCCUAUAGGUAUUGAUCUAGUCUGGCACUUACCUGGACUUGUUGUUUUAAUAAUAUAACCUGUUUUGCAAAGAAACGUUGUACCCGCAUUAUAAUCCUACCACACUAGAUUGCAGAAACCAAGAGGGCUCGCCUGUAGUAAUGUCCCUGUGUGUUUUAUUCAAGCUGUAUGGUUACUUGUAGUUAAGAAAUAAUGCUUUGUAGCAGCAGAGCAGUAGAAAAGCAGGAAGAAGAAAGCAAUACUGUACAUAAAAUGACCUUUAUAUUACCCAACCUGGCAUGGGUCUCUAUUGCAGAGGGUGCAUGGAGAAGGGCUGAUGCUAUAAGAAAUAAAUAAAAUAAAAAACCACAAAAACAAAAACCCUGUUUUGCACGUGCAAAAAAAAAUAGUGUAUUGGGUCAAAGAAGUGAUUUUUUUAACGAGUGAAAGAGAGACAUAGAGAACUCGCAUGAAAUAUUCAGAAAAUAUUAGCCUAGAAAAUAGAACGUUAACAAAAUAAAAUUAAUAUAUUAAGUUAUAAUUGGAAUAUGUUUGACAAAUUUGUUUUUACGUUCAUACCUUUGAAAAAUAUAGAAACGGAUUUUAGCUCAUGUAUAUUUUAUAUUAAAGAAAACAAUACCCUAAUGAAUUGAAGACUAUAUAUAAAGUUAUAUACAGUACUUUUGAACACAUUCUGCUAUGAAUUAUUUAUAUAAGCCAAAGCUGUAUGUUGUAGCUUUUUUGUAGAGUAUAGUUUUAUCUUAUUUUGACUUUCUAGUUUUUGCUUUCAAAGAUGAAAAGGAAAAACUUGCAGGCGGAACCUUGGGGGAAAAAUAAGCCAUGAACACUUAUAUGUAAAUUUAAAUUUGAGCCAAACUCUUUGUGUAUAUAGCAUCCUAAAUAUAUUAUCACCUUUGGUGUAAGUACCUAUGUAUUGUACGUUCACCAGAUUAAAAAGUAUAUUUUUGUGGAUUGACGCCAACUUGAAAAAAGGCGAGGUCCUUAUUAAGUAGAGUAUUCACUGUUUAAUAUUUACUAUUUUGUUAAAUAUACUGUACUUUCUUUGGAUUUUAAUUAUUAUUAAUAUUAUUAUCCAGAUUUUUCAGAGGGUGUAUAAAGGGGUCGUCCCCCUCACUGGUGGUGAAUGUGUGCCGUUAAAUUGUAAUCUCUGUGCUGUAUGGUUAAGCUUCAUUAUACAUUUUAUAUAUAUGUAUAUAAAUAGCAAAGUGGCAAAAAAAAAAAAAAUCCGGUGUUAAGUUCAUCCUGCAUAAAUAUAAAAAAUCUGUUACAACACAUUUUAAGGCAUCAUUUUAAAGCUGCCUCUUCUGAGGAGGAAAAAAAAAAAAAAAAGUGGAAAAACUUGACCUAAUUUCUCAUGAUAGGGAACCAACACAUAUCAGAUGAGCACGGGAGGUUUUUUAAGUUGGUAAGUGGUUUGGGAUAAAAGCCUGAGCCUCGGCCCUGCGUUUGCCGCUUCCGUCACAGGCAGCGAGGAACGCGGAGCCCCUUGUGCUGCCCGAGCAGGCUGGGGGACGGUUUGGUUGUGGACGCGGUUGGGUGGGUGAUGUCCCUUGCGCAGUCUGGCUGUGUCCCAGCGAGGAGGAGGAGGAGGAGGAGGAAGGCAGUGGGGCAGCACCAGCUCCCCCCGUCGCUCCUAGGCCUGGCCCACGCCAGCCCCGUGCUGGGGCAGAAGGCGGGUGAGCAGCGGUGUCAGAGCCAGACGCGGAGCCGGCUCAGGCCAGCCCGGCGCGGUGGCCGGGGGCGCGGAGGGAGCGCUCUGGCCUGAUCAGACUCCAGGCCCUUGCCCUGCCCUCUGCUCGCCCCACACACCGGCGGCGGGCGUUUGUGCUGGGGACUAAAUUAACAGAGAUGACUACAGCCGACUGCUGGUUCUAGUUCUGGGGGAAGAAACUACACUGCUCUUGUAUUAUCCAAAGUCCUUUAAAGUUAUCCCUGGUAUUUAUUAAAUUUUUGCUUGGGCUUUAAUUUUUUUUUUAAUUUAAAAAUAACUAUCACUUGAUACUGUAACCAAGAAGUGUGAGAAUUGGAAAGCCAAGGGGGGACGGCCCUCUGCUCAGCCCCUUGCUGCGCUGUGCGACUGAAGAACACACUUCAGUCCGUACCGCCAGCCCAGCCCCCUCGCCUGCUGUCACGGCGACUUUACAAGACACGCAGGUCCCGUUCCAGCCUCGCCCUCCAUCUCCUGGGGGCAGUUCCUGGGUCACAGCCGCAGAGGGAAGGGCGACUCCUCCUCAUGGCAACUCUAUUCCCGCAGCGACCGAAUUCACUUACCACCUCAGAGAACCUGUUCAUGCUCUGAAAAGCUAUGUGAUUUUUUCAUUAUUUAUGCACAUAUAUGAACUUUGCUGUACAUCUGAGUGGGAGUUCUGCAUUCACAUUUACUGUCUAUUUUCUUGUGUGCCUUAUAAGAUGGCUUUGCUGACUGUAUCUCAAUAGUCUUUAUUUCUAUGCAGGUUUUUAAACAGUACUAUUACUGUUUUCUUAAAGAAAAAAGCUACGUAAGGGUUAGAGUUUGUAUUGAAAUUGCACCGAUGAGCUAAAAAAAACCGACCAACAAAUAAAUGAUGGGUUCUUAAGAACUGCUCACGGGACUGUUCACGUUGCCCCAGACCCUCCAGCGGACUCGGCAGAACAAGCCUUUCCACAGCCCUGCGGCAUCGGGGCCAGACUCAUGCCGUUGAAUAAAUGGGAAUCCUGAUUUUUAAUAACAAGCACCUAACUUUGGAACAUACUUUUUUAGGAAUUGUAAAAAUGUUUUAUAAAAAUGAAAUAAUGACAUAGCACAGGUAUUUCAACAGGUAAAAAAAUACUUUUUUAAAUUAACAAUACUGAAUGAAGUUGCAAGUGGAUCCAAUCCUAGUCUGAACCCAUUCAGGUCUGAAUGAUUUAAGAUUUUUAUCUCUGUUGUGACAAAUCACCUCUCCAUCUUCGAGCUCUCACUAUAGUAUUUAAAAAUACACGUUAUCAGGGAUUCGUCAGAGACAAAUGCUUUAGCCUUUCCUUUCACUUAAAGGACACUAAUGCAUCAGAAACUUGCGAAUUACUGUGCGCACAAGAAAUACAUAGUAAAUAAGGAACAAAAUAACUCCUAACAAUUGAUCAUGGGAAGAAGUUAAAUUAGAAUGUGAAAGAAAGACUUAACAAAUGUAAACAUUUAAAUCUUAGUAGAAACUUUCUUCACUUUGCUGUGCAAGAGAACACUGCUUUGCUAUAUUUAAAAUGGCUUUUUUAAAAGAGAUUUAUGUAUUUGGUAAAUGUUUGUAGUCAACAGUUCACAAAGAAGCUGUUCACGGUUUAAUGAUGAUAAGCCGUUUGGCGGCACAAGCUGGACUUUGUUGCCAUCCUUGAGACGAAUCUUUUAAGAAAAAAAUAAGUUAAUCUCAAUUUUUUUCCCUGAAUGUGUUGUUUUUUCUUCAAUAUACAAUAAAUAUUCUAGUGAACUUUUUAUCAAAUGGUUAAGAAAAUGCUAGAGGUUGUUGUAAAAUAUUUGUAUCCUGCAUUCACUAAAGUAAAGAUACUGGCUUUUACUGUGUA